AUGGCUGCACAUAAUCACUAUUGGGCAUCAGAUACUGGCUAUGCUGAUAAAUACGCGUUUGUCAUUAAUUCGAUCAACAAAAAAGUUGCUCCGCCGAGUAAUGAUGCAUUUUCGAUGGACUUAUUCUCAGAUUCAACACGUAAUUGGAACUUGAUCUGGGAUUUAUUAUUUAAUCAAUGGAAUAAAACAUUAUCAACUAUUGAGAUUCAACAUGGACAAGCUAUGAUUAAUAAUAAUUAUUUUGGAGAUAAUAAUGGUAAGGCUAUUACUGUCUUACAAGAUGCUGAUAAAGUUAUAAUUACGAAUAAUCAUUUAAAUGAAAAUGAAUUAAAUGUAGUUACCAAAACCAACUGUUUUAGUUGCAAAUAA